UUCCCACUGCUGGAAAAGCAGGGAGGUGCAGCCCCAGCCCUCCCUGCCUUGUCCCUGUUCCCCUCUGUGGGGCAGGAAGGGAUCGAAGGUGCCCCUGCCCUGGUGCAGAUCCCCACAGCCUCCCCUGCCUCGGUGUGGGGCAGUUGCCGGGCGCCAGUUCGGCACUGUUUGCGCCAGGGCGGCUGCGGCGAGGCCGUGGGCAGCACCAGGCAUGGAGCUGGGGGAGCACAGACCCUGGGUCCUGCAGAGUACCCUCGAGACAGAGUUCCCGUUGCCCCUGUACAGCGACCAGUAUAUAACGCUGUGGGGGCCACGCCAGGCCCCCCUGCUGAAGCAGGCCGUGUGCUGGAAGACCACCCCCAUAGGCUGGGAUGCCGUGGGGCAGAGCUGGUCCACGGGGCUGAACAGCAGGAACGAGGAGGUGGAGGACCCCUGGUAUGCCCUCGCCUCCAGCAUCGCCCACCGCCGCUGGGAGCGGGCCCACGCUGGCUGGGGGGAGCGGGAUCCCCUGCCCCCAGCUUAUGCCCAGCACCUGCGGGAAGUGGCCUGGUGGGACCCCGUUGUCCCUGCUGUGUACCUGGGACCCUGCACCCGCUGGGGACCCUUCCUCUGGCAGGAGAGACCCAUCCUGGGGAAGGAGUAUGUUGUCACCCACAGCCAGAGCCCCCGGGCACAGGGGGGCAGCUCAGGGUACGUCCCUGCGCUUUCUUUCUGCUGCCCCCUCCUCACCACCCGGGACAUCAGCACCUGGAGCCUCCUCUACCACCAGCCCUCCACCCACCAGUAA